CCUGUGAGGGUUUAUUAUGGGUGUGCAGGGGUAUUUGCCACACUCUAAAACUAUUCCUCUCAAUUAUUUCUCAUGGCCUAUUGGUAAUCAGUAUGGCUACAUAUGACAUAUUUUGAGCCUGUGAAAUAAUACACACAGACAGAAAUGUCUUUAUCCUUGUACCUUGUAAAUGCUGUGGUGUUUCAAGAAAGCCAAUGCAGUGUCAGGUUUUCUCAGGUAUGACUCAUUUGUACUUUGAUGUUUGUUAGAGGCAAACUAAGUGACAGUUCUUUCUUUUCUCACAGGUUUUCAUAAUUCAGGUCACACAAAAUGGGAGCUCACUGUAUCCUGAAGGGAAGCUUCUGCAGGAUCCUUGUGAUUCUUCAGCACUCUGCAAUGGCUGUGAGACUCAACGAGACAACAUGAGUGCCGAAGCCAAGCAACACAACCUUUAAGUGCACAGUCGAUGUGAUUUGACCUGCCGGAACGCGUGUUUGGUAUUUAAUGCGUCCAACUGGUCUUACCUUGCUUUUGAUCAGAACUCUGAACUUACUACAACUGGAACAGAUUAAUAACAUGAUGUUAACGCAUGAAAGAAAAUGGAAUGCUACACAAUUGCCCACUAAGAAUCCUACAAAUCAGUGUGUAAAAUAGUUACCCUUGAAUGCAAUUGCUGCAUACCCUGUUUUCUGUAGCUAAGAGGAAAAGAAUGAUAAAGGUUCUCUUGACUUCCCCAUGAGAAUUCAGUGACGAGAAAAGAGACCCAGGAUAAUCAAGGAUGUAGAGACUAUGAGAAGAACAAUAGAAAUUUUCUUUCUUGGGUGACAGUAACAACAACAAAAAUUAACAUCAACUCAUUCUCACUCUCAACGCUUCAAGUAACGUAGCUUGGUCAGUGCUCCUCGGCGUCUCGACACUGAGACACAGGCAGAGUAACUGACUGUAGUUUCAAGAGCUAGAUAGUCCACACAGGGCGGGUGGGAGUGGAGGUGGAUGCGUCAAACAAAUGCAGGACUUUUGUCCAGGAGCCCGCUGUUCGUUUCUGGUGUGAAAGUAAAAGUAAAUGUUGACAUUUUUUGAGUCUUUUGUGUUGUUACUCACAUGCGGUAGUUACAAACAUAGUAAAGUUUACAGCAACCACUUUAUUUGAACCUAAGUGGUUUUGUUGCCUAAACCUAACUUCCUGUGAGUUGUUGGUCAGUCAAGUUAAUGUCAGCCACACUCUUUACCUAAAUUGAACAAAGAGUUUUUUUUGUCCAAACAUAACUUUCUGUGAAGACAGUUUAUUUUGAAAAGACACUAUAUAAGGAAUCUUGUAUUAUCUCAGGAUUUUCUGUGAAAAACAAGAACUACUACAGAAUUUGCUUUUUUUGCAAUCACUGUGAUUAAUACGUUAGUAUUUUAAAAACUACAGCUCUACGCUGUUCGGUACUCCCUGUCCAUUCACAUAUCUGCUGCAACUUGAUGGACUUGGGCUUGCGGGGAAGGGUGCUCUUCAAAGGUUGCUGAAACGGAAUUGUUGAAAAAAUAAUGAUGUAUUACCAUCGUUGUCAAGACAAAUGUGUGGGGUCAGGUGGUAUAUCACAAACUGUUGAUCAAGGUCAUGUGUAGGGAUAUUUUUCUAGUAAUCUGUGAAUUUACAAAUUCAAAGAAGCCCAAAGUUUGGCUUCACUUCAGCUCUUUAUAGCUCCAUCGGAUAGCAUCAUUCCAACUAACAGUUAGCAUACCCAGCAAAAGUGACUAUGAAUUUCAAUGGGAGCCAGGACUAUGGGUCCUAUCCAACUGGGUUGCCCUAUAACACAAGCAUGGACUAUGAGGACUACUACCAGGAGCCUGACGCCAGUAAAAUCAUCAUCCCAUCCAUCUAUGCUCUUGUCUGCUGUGUAGGUCUUACUGGCAACGCCAUGGUCAUCUACGUCAUUCUGAAAUACGCCAAAAUGAAAACAGCCACAAACAUUUACAUCCUCAACUUAGCGAUUGCUGACGAGUUGUUCAUGUUAAGUGUUCCCUUUCUGGCCACAUCAGCUGCCGUCCGUCAUUGGCCCUUUGGGUCGCUGAUGUGUAGGUUGGUACUGAGUGUAGAUGGUAUCAAUAUGUUUACAUCAAUCUUCUGUCUGACUGUGCUGAGUGUGGACCGAUACAUAGCAGUUGUCCACCCUAUCAAGGCUGCCCGCUACCGCAGACCGACAGUCGCCAAAGUAGUCAAUGUGUGUGUAUGGGGACUGUCACUCAUAGUCAUCCUGCCCAUCAUCAUCUUCGCAGACACUGUCCCGGCGCAGGACGGUGGUGUGGAUUGUAACUUCUUGUGGCCUGAAUCGGCGUGGUCAGAAGCAUUUGUCGUCUAUACCUUCCUGUUGGGGUUUCUGCUGCCGGUUGGAGCCAUCUGCUUAUGCUACUGUUUAAUGGUGGCCAGGAUGCGAGCAGUGGGGCUAAAAGCAGGCUGGCUUCAACGGCGGCGCUCGGAGAAGAAGAUCACCCGCAUGGUGCUGCUCGUAGUGGCCGUGUUCGUUCUCUGCUGGAUGCCCUUCUACAUUGUCCAGCUUGUCAGCGUUUUCCACCGGCCCCCAGACCCAAUGGUUACUCAGCUUUUUGUCAUCCUCAGCUACGUCAACAGCAGCGCCAAUCCUAUCCUGUACGGCUUUGUGUCAGACAAUUUCCGGCGUUCAUUCCAGCGCAUUGUGUGUUUCCGCUGGCUGGAGUCUGGGCUGGAUGCGGAACAGGUGGAUUACUGUGCUGUAGCUUUGAAGAAACAAGCAACGUGUAGCCCUCUGGAUUUUCCCAAGGACUGUACAGCUUCUGAUAUGGUGUUUCGCAAUGGGACAUAUACCUCCCGUACAACCACAGUGUAACCAGAACCAGUCUCACAACCUAACGAGGAGUUUUCCCAUUCAAUUUUGAAUUAUAUGUAUGUGUUAUAAAAACUCAGAGUACACAAUAUAUGCCAUAUAAAAAUUGACUUGACAACAUGUUAACUGCUUAAGGUCAGGGGUCAUAAGAAUUUUGGGACACAGGUCAAGAAGUUGAGAAACCUUGAAGAACAACUAAUGUAUGAGCAGUAAAUGUACAGUUCAGCAGCUGAUCUCGCUGGCUGAUACGUUGAGAGAAAAACUGACAAUGAAAAAGAUGUACAUAACUGUCAGGAUCCCACUAAGCUUCUGUUUUUGAUGUUAAGCACAAGUGAAUUUAAGCACAAAAUGGUAAUGCUUAUAACCAUUUUGAUUCUGUUACGUGACUUAUUGACAGCCCUGGGUAUAAGAGGCUGCGUAGGUAUCCCAUUAACUAAUUGCAAAUGUGAAAUCCUUUGUUCAUUCAUCGUAAUUGUUUAAUUUUCAGAUACACUAAUAAACCAUCCAAUGGCACCCCCACAAUCCCCAAAUUCUACAGUUCACAGAUAUGUUUCAACAAUUGAAAUUUUGGUCAAGAAAACUAUUCCCAAAUAAGAGUCUGUGCUGCUCAUUGUUUUUUUUAACAAGAUAGUUUUUAUUUCAAAAUUAUUUCCAAUUUGUUUAAACACUGUUAUCACAGUCAAUGCAACUUAAGACUUCUGAUCAAAACUGCAGAUGUCUCAAAAUAAAAGCAUUCAAUAUUAAAGCCAAAAUGCCAUUCUGAUUAUACAUUUUCAUUUACCAAAUUAUUUAUAGGUUAUAAUUACAUUAUUUUAAAACAUAAACAUUCUCAAGUCAUAUCAGUUUUCUGCCAAUUUAAACACAAUUUGGAUACUUUCAGAUUAAGAAUAAUUUUAAAUGCAUACAAAAUUUGUGGCAUUUUUGUGCCAAUUAAAAUAUACAAAUAUUUGAAUCCAAGAGCCUUUAAAUUAAUAAACAGUGAUUUUGUUUAGAAUUCAUAUAUAAUUCCCUUAAAGUUAAUAAAUGCACCCUUACAAUUUAAACAUAAUUCAUCAUAAGCUUGCUUUGCAAAGUUAUUAUAUGAUUACCAAUUAUUAUAAAUUCAGUUGUAGUAAAUCGUACUUAAAACGUUUCCAUUAAUUUCCCACAGCAUCCAAUAGUUGUUUAAAAUUCUCACCAGGACAAAAUAAAUGUUUAUUAUCUGAAAAAAUGAAAUAAUCUUUACUGUCUGUUCAGGAAACCACCGACAAUCAGUUCUGUCAAAAUAAACAAUAAUGGACUAAACAUAAUCUGUGAGGCAAUGUGGGUGCUAUUGGACAUUAUAUAAACUAAAUCACAAACUAAAUAUCUUAUUAAUUUACCUUUAUCAGAUUUAACAGAUAUUGUUUGAAUUUCACCACAUUGUCAAAUCUCUCUGUCAAACUUUGAAUGUAAUUGAUCUAGUCUAUCUUUUAUGUAGUUGUAGCAGAUUUGUUCAGCACAAAGUUCAACUUAAAAUUGUUAAAAAAUAUAUAUUCCUGGGGAAAUACAACCAAGCAAUUUCAAAGUAUGGUAGUGUGCUAGUUUUACUUUUCAGUAACACGUGAAUGAUUUAAUAGUAUAAAACAAAAACACAUGGGCAUGGGGGGAUGUACUGGGUUGGCCCUGGAUAUCACCGAGAUAAGAGAAAGGUUCGAUUAUUAAUGUGUGUCCCUUUCUCCAGGCAUUUAAAAUGAUGUUUGUUUCGUUCUUCGUAUUUGUUCUAUAUUCUAUAUUUGUUAAUUGUUCGUUGGUGGAUCCGUUUGAAUAUGAGGUUUGUCUUUGCAAAUUGAGCCAGAGUUGCUCUGCUUCAGUUGCACAAUGUGACAAAAAUGGCUGAAAAAAAAUGUAUAUGUUGAGUUUGUGUUUCUAAAUUACAAAGGCUCACAAAAUUAA